AACAUGGGAGGAUAUAUACGCAGAAGAGAAAAUUUGACAUAAAGGGCUUAUAUAAGGAAAAAUAUAUAAAGUUAUAUUCUAAUUCCCCACUUGUAUGUUGAGAAUAAUAAUUGUAGCUAAACUUAAAACAUUCUUAGCUACGUACCCCGCAUGCGAUAAAUAAGGCAAUUAAUUUUACUUUCACUUAUAGACCUUGAGCAAGGAAUUCACGUACUAAUUAAAAUUACAUAUCUAACUUCGAAAAAAACACACACAAUUCUGCGUUUUUUUUUUUUUUUAAUUCAUUUGUGGCCCAUCCUUUUUUCAGUGUUAAGGCAAAACACUACAAUAUUAAGAGACCCUUAAUUAAAGGCAAGUUGGCUUAAUAAGGGAUUCUAAAAACGGAUAGAAUAAUGCAAUGCAAAGAUCAAAGACAGUCAAAUGAGGAUUUUAAUGUUGCAUAAUGGAAUAAAGAUACAUGUGACUAUAUAUAUUAUGUAUGCAAAUUUUUACAACCUUCAAGAGGAAUCCAAUGACGUACUAGAAAUUAAUUUAAAAACAUUACGAAGAUGUACGACAACAUUUAAUUUUUCAGUACAAGUGGGGAAUACCACCUUGAUUUAUUUUACAAAUAGCAACAAUUAAAGCAAGAUUAUCAUAUGAGCUUAGCAGCAUUUUGUUUCAAUAUCUAAUACGAAAUAUUUGGCUACCAUGAAUCAACCCACACAAGUCUAGCUAGGAUUUGUGUGAGUUUUGUUUUUUUCUUUUUUCUUUUUUCUUUUUUGUUUUUUCUUUUUUUUUUUUUAUCUUAAUUAGAUUGUAUAAUAGAGGUAAUUUUCUCCAAUCCCUUAAUUCACCCCAUCUGCAUACUAUAUAAUUUGAAUUUAAAACCUCUUACUUCUAUUAAUUAGAAAGAAAUAAUCACUAAAUUAUUUUGAUUGUUAGCUACAAGUUUAUAUUAAUUAGUACCAUAUAUGCUAUAAAAAUUAAAUAGUUGGCUACCAUGACCAACCCUUACAAAAUAUUUGUGUAAGUUUAUAUUAAUUAGUGCCAUAUAUGCUAUACUAACUACCAACUAUAGAUCCCAAGGGAUGUCUCAACAGGCAACUCACUACUAGAAAUCCAAUCAUAAUCAACAAAACCACAUGAGUCAAAGCCCUUAUUUCAUCGGUGAAAGUGUAUAAAAGAAUAAGGUUGGUUGCUUUUUUUUUUUUUUAGCACAUUGAAUGAUAGGUUAUAUAAUAGAGAAUAGUCCUUCUCUUCCCAAAUCCUUUACCACCAUUUUAAGAUUUGAAUUUAAGAUUUACAAUGUAAAAAUUUGAGUUUCUAACCAUUGGAAUCCCAGGGAACAAUUGGUUGCUAAUAGGGAGGUCACAGCUGAUCUCCUUGCUAAUAUAUAGUUUCAACAAGGAAAGUGUAUUAAGAGACUAAGGUAAUUCUUUAUUGUUGAAAUAGGAUUUCUAGAAGUGUUUAGAAACUUAUUUGAACAUUUCAAGUUUAAAUCUUAAAAUGGGAGGGAAGAGACUCAAAAGAAGGGAGAGCUAUCUCUUACUAUAUUUUCAAAAAAGUGUGGUGCAAUUG